AUGGUAUCAGAGCUUUUUCUAAGCAUUGAAUUUGCUAGGACCAAGGUGGGGAUUGUGAUGAAUCAGCGCAAGUAUACCUCGAAACUCAUAUUAGAAUUGGGAUUAGGAGGCAGUAAACCUGCUUGUUCACCUCUGGAUGCUAAUCAAAGGCUAACUUCUAUAGAGUUUGAUAAGGCUGUUAAUGAUCCUGACAAAGAUGACAGUGACAAGCCUUUGACUGAUAUCAACAAAUACCAAAGGCUUGUGGGGAGGUUACUAUAUCUAACAAUGACCAGGGUGGACAUUUCCUUUGCAGUACAAGUUCUUUCACAGUUUAUGCAUGCUCCAAAAGUAUCACACAUGGAGGCUGCUCUAAGGGUGGUGAGAUAUAUUAAUUGUUCUCCAGGACUAGGCUUGUUCAUGCCAUCACAAAGUAACCAUUUGCUUACUGCUUAUUGUGAUUCAGACUGGGGAACAUGUCCUCAAACCAGAAGGUUUGUAACUGGAUACUUGGUGAAAUUUGGAGAUGCUCUAGUCUCAUAG